GGCCUGUGCCGUGGGUGUGUCAUUUCCGCUCUCCCACACCGAUGUGUCCCUCAUCUGUCCUGCUCUGUAAAUCAACAACAUAAACAUUACAGCUAUUUUACAGCCUUUACUCAAGCAAACGAGUCUCUUUUGAACACAAGGCUUUCAAAAUGCUCUUAAAUUUGGGGAAAGUCACUAAAAGCCCCAGAGGAAAUCAAACUAUAUCUGUUUAAACCUUCUGUCCUCCAUAUUCCUGAUGCUUUGGACGAGAGGAAACAACUGAAGUCCAUCGGACGAGGAGGAGAGACUAAAUCCCUGAGAUUUAACGUAACGUUAUUUGCUACGAGUUUGCUGUAGGUGAAGUGUUUAUACCCCAUAAAGGCUGCAGAGAGCGUCAUUCGUCGCAUCACUGAAGAAGAACAGUUGGCCACAUGGAGAAUGGAGACUGGACACACAUGAUAAUGGAUACGGUUACCCUAAACGUUGGCGGCCAUUUGUACACCACUUCGCUCUCCACCCUCCAACGUUAUCCAGACUCAAUGUUGGGCGCCAUGUUCCGUGGUGACUUUCCCACCACACGUGAUGCCCAGGGCAACUAUUUCAUAGAUCGAGAUGGUCCUCUAUUCCGUUACAUCUUGAACUUUUUACGAACUUCGAAACUGACGCUACCAUGUGACUUCAAAGAAACAGAGCUCCUCCGGAAGGAAGCAGACUUUUACCAGAUCGAGCCGUUGAUCCAGAGUUUAGGAGACACCAAACCCCUUUAUCCAUUGGACACUUUUGAGCAAGUGGUAGAACUUUCAAGUACUCGUAAGCUGUCCAAAUACUCAAACCCGGUUGCGGUCAUUAUCACGCAACUCACCGUCACCACCAAAGUUCACGCGCUGCUUGAAGGCAUCUCCAACAACUUCACCAGGUGGAAUAAACAUAUGAUGGACACUAGAGACUUUCAAGUGUCCUUUACCUUUGGACCAUGUGACUACCACCAAGAGGUGUCCCUUCGUGUGCAUCUGGUAGAGUACAUCUCCAAGCAAGGCUUUACGAUUCGUAACACACGAGUGCAUCACAUGAGUGAACGUGCCAAUGAGAAUACGGUAGAACAUCAUUGGACAUUUUGUAGAGUUGCGCAAAAAGUUGAGGACUGAUUGAUGCUGCAUUCAUUUCUAAACAUUAACCGUAUUUAUUGGUAAAAUUGACCUUGAGCAGUUACGAGUUUAUUGAAGACAUGAAUGAUUUUUAAUGGUUGCAAACUAGUAAUUAACUUCAACGCACACCAUCCUGGUCGAGGUAACUAAUAAUGAACACAGUAAAAAUGUUUUCUGCUGUAUGUAUUUGGGUGAACUUGUCCUGUGGUGUUUCAUGCGCUUCUCACCCACUUCAAAUGUUUAUAGACAAAAAGAACCAACCAUCUCACGACCACUUCAUACGUAUUUUACGAGGUGGUUAAAAUGUACGACCUCACUCGUACGAUUUCGUACGAUUGGUCUAGACCGCUGGGAUGGGUAGGUUUAGGGGUUUGUCAUUUGUACAAAUUCAUAUGAAUGGGGGAACUCAUAAAAUACGAAUUUGUAUGAGUGAGGUUGUACAAAUUAGCCACCCUUGUAAAAUAUGUUUGAAUUGCCAUGAGAUUGGGUUGAAGGAACCUGAACAAUUUCUAGAACUACUGUAUACCUCAUAUAACUGGAAGUGACCCAAAUUUUUUCCUUAAUUGUCAAAUUUAUUUAUACAACAUUUAAAUUUCAAAUUUGUAAUAUAUAUUGCAUCAGUGUUAAAUAUACAGUAUUUCUGCACAUAUUUUGUCUUGUGAUUGAGUCCAUAAACUGUAAUGGUUUGCAUGAUUCUGUGGUAUCUGCACUAUUAUUUAUUCAGUCAUAAUUCCCCCACUGAGAUAUGUAAAAAUGAUGUAAUUCGCAUGUUGCUCAAUACGUUUUGUGACAUCAAGCUCUGAGCAAAACGAUCCCUCUUAUGUCCAGCUUCUAGACCAGACUAAAUUUUGGAGUCCCAUAUAAAAUUAAUUUUAGUCUCAAAAUGCAUGUAAGGUAUGGAAGCCAGUUUCUGCCACUGAAUAAAAAUAAAAAAAAAGGUUGUUGUAA